UUAGAUUGUCAGCUGACAUCCCGGAAGUACUCCAAAAACAAAUAUCGUUGCCAGUCUCUGAACAUUUCGUGUUUCUUAUUAGUUUAAUAGCAUUAUUUAGGACACUGUUAUGGAGGGUGCUCUGGAGCAGCAUCUUGACGACACGAUGAAAAAUCCAGCUAUUGUUGGGGUUUUGUGCACAGACGCUCAAGGACAUAAUCUAGGGUGCCGUGGCUCACUAUCAGAUGAGCAUGGAGGAGUUGUGUCUGUUCUGGCCAGACAGGCUGCUUCUCUAACCAAAGAUGCCACCGAUUGUCCUACAGUGUGCCUGGAGUCUGACUGUGGGAACAUCUUGGUGAGAAGACAUGGAACAAUUACACUGGCUGUGCAUAAGAUGGCAUCCUGAAAUCUGUCGGUCAAAUUCUUUUUCAUUUUUAAAGAUCAUUAGUAUGCGUUUGAUAAGCUUCGGUUGUCUAUUGUCGAAACACAGAAGCUCAAUGACUGGGUGAGAUCUUGUCUUCCAUCAUAUCAGAAAUCAUCAGGUGUUUGUUGUCAGUGUUUAAUCUAAUUUAUUUUCCAAUAUUAUCACUUUCUUUCAACCAUAAAACACACUUUAAAUGUCUUCUCUGCUUUUCUUUGUUAGAAUAAAUGCAUUAAGGAAA